CCUUUUUUUUAAAGUUAUUGUUUAAUUAGAUUCAAAUAAACAAUAUAUACAAUUAUUAGGUAUAAUAAAAGUGGACGAAGAGACGGUUGAAUAUUAUUAUAUUUACCUUUUACUGUAACUUAUUUGUAUUUUUUGUGGUUGUACGUAUUUAUUAUUUCAUAUCUCAUAAAUCAAGAAAUUGAAACAAAAAAUAGUUACAGAAAUGGAGCCGAAAACAGAACUGCAAAAAAAUGCAAUUGUGGAAGCUCGUAAAAAGGAAUUGGAGACAUAUCAGAGAGCUCUUGAUAUACAAUGGUUGAACAGCCGCAUGGAAGACGGGAGAAUGGGUCGUUGCCUAGCCCUAAUCAAAAAAGAGGCUGAAAUGGAAAAAGAUUUUCAAGAGAGAACGGAUCAUGCAGCCAUUGUGAAUGCAAGAGCUGAGAAAGAGACAAAACUUGCCCUUGAAGUAGCCAAAGUCCGUAGAGAGGCAGACUGUGAAUUGUUGCGGAGACAUUACCUCAGAGAGCGUGAUCCCAGCUUGAGGCAGUUGUGCAAGAAAUUACAGGCUGGAUAUGUCUGUCGAGAUCUUAAGCAACAGAUUCUUCAUAAUGAAUAUAAAAGGCUACAGGAUAAGACCCAAGAGUUAUCAGCUAAUAGAGUUAUUUUGAGUUCUAUUUGUAAUAAUGAAGAAGCAAGAGAGAAGGAGGAAGCAGAGAAGAUAGAAAAAGACAGAAAGUAUCGGCUGGAACUCCAACAACAAUUGGUCAAUAGAGAAAAACAGAAACAAUGCCAGUAUGAGGAAACACUUAUCGAGAAAAAGAUGCUGGAAGAAAUAGAGAGAACACUAGCAGAUGAGGAUCAUCGGGAGCUAGAACAAAAAAGGAUUCAGAAAGAGAAAUUGCGAAAGGAAAUGGAAAUAUCUAAGAGCACCAAGGAGGCAUGGAGACAAAAACAGAGGGCCAUGUUAGUGAUCGAGGAGCGGAAUAUUGAGGCACAGGCUAAAGCUGCAUCAGACAGAAGUGCUUCUAUGAUUAAGUCUUCAAAAGAAAUGGAAAAAUAUAAGAGACACCUUUACGAGAGAGUUAAGAAGGCGCAAAAAGCGGUUCAGCUGCUAAGCGUACAUCAGCUUAUAUUUACUUUGAUCAAUUACAAUUUUUAA